AUGAAAAACGCGAUCAGAUGCUGCAUUUCGUGUAUUCUGCCGUGUGGGGCCCUCGACGUCAUCAGAAUCGUUCACGCCAACGGCCGCGUCGAGGAGAUCAGCGGCACCGUUAGCGCGGCCGAGAUCAUGAAGCUCCACCCCAAGCACGUCCUCAAGAAGCCCUCCUCCUCGCCGCCGCCGCCGUCCGCCGCCGGCGGCGCCGGCCGCAGGAUCGUCGUGGUUCCGCCGGACGCUGAGCUCCAGCGCGGGAAGAUUUAUUUCCUCAUGCCGGCGCCGCCGCCUCCCCCGCCGGAAAAAUCACGAUCGAGAGCGCCGGCGAAGAGGAGGAGCGGCGAUUUUGUCGGAGAGGGUUUCGACUCAGAGGGAUCGGCGGCGGGGCCGCGUCGGAGUGUGGCGGCCGCAUUUGGAGAGCAUUUCUGA